AUGGCGUCAGCUAAGUUUCUCGAGGAAGCUCUAAGUACAGAUGUUGAUGAAUCGGCUGUAAGUGCAAUCGUGGGCUCCUUAGAGAAUCAGCUCGUCACUUCUACACCCCCAGUACCAGGUCAAACAGGUUCAACGAUUGUCAUUAAUCAGAACCACGUAAAUAGUGCAAUAUCAAACGGCGGGACAGUUGCCCCUCAGAAACAUGGGACUAUCGCCAACGGUGACUCGAUAAGUGCAGUUAACACGACCGAUGGAAGCAAACAAGUGACGAACAAUGCAAUGAUUAUAAGCGGCGCCGCGGCGCAGACAGCCGCGGGAGUAGUGACUACUGGCUAUAUAAACCAAACUGGUACAUUAGAUCCAAACAAAUCUAACGAGGGCGUCAAGAUUGUAUAUACGCAAGGACAAGGCAACUUAGGCAUGUCGAGUUCGGGGACCAUAUUACCAAACAGAGUAACUUUGCCUAAUCAGUCACUGCCGAAUGGCACCAUAGGCCUUCCUCCACAAACAGUACUACAAACCAAUCCGACAAGUGUACAGACAAUACAAACCAAACAACCUACUUUAGUGCUAAAGACCAGCGGGACACCAGGAGCCCCUAACCUAGUGACUGUUCCUGUAAAUGUGACUUCUUCGGUGCCCCAGGCUAAUAACGUAGGUAGCCCUAGCACUCAAUCCCCAAAUAUCCUUUCCAACCUCCAGGUAGUCAAUGUGCGUCCUGGAGUUCCCACUCAGCAGCAGAAAGGUCAACCAGCUCGUGUAGUGCUAAGCGCACCUCAAAUAGUCGGGGCCCGGCCAGGAGCUCCACAAGGAGCUUUGUUACUCAAGACUGAAAAUGGACAGUACCAACUGCUCAGAGUGGGACCGGCUCCCGCCGCAAACAUCAAUUCGUCUCAGCCAGCGGGACAGCCCGUUACGUUUCGAAUGCAAACGGUACCUGCGCAAACGGCUGUUAGCUCGGCGGCGAACAAUCCCGCCCAGAUGGGAGGUACCACGACUGUCACAUCUGCGCCACAAACCAUCCAGCAGGCACAGGUUGCCCAAGUUCAACGACCUGCCAACGAUCAUACCAAAGAAAAGUGUCGGAAAUUCCUAGCAAACCUCUUAGAACUGUCCAGUAGGGAACCCAAGUCGGUGGAGAGAAACGUCAGGACACUUAUUCAGGAACUGAUAGACAACAAAGUCGAACCGGAAGAUUUCUGUGACAAACUGGAGAGACUACUGAAUGCAUCCCCACAACCGUGCCUCAUUGGAUUUUUAAAGAAAAGUCUACCCUUGUUGCGACACUCCCUAGCCACGCAGGAAUUGUCAAUAGAUGGUAUCCGUCCUCCGCCUGCGAACGUAGUUUUCUCGAUAGCCGGUGCUACCCCGACCGUUCAAACGGUGCGACCAGGCAUAGCCGCCAACCAAGUGAGAAUAGUAGCGCCGGGCACGACAGUGGUCCGACCCGGCCAGGUCAUCCAACAACGACUGGUGGCCCCCAUAAGAGCGCCCGCUCAACAAACCAGGAUGGUGACGGCAAUAAGACAACCGAACGCUGCGAGUAAUGUCAUCGUGUCAUCCUCCCAACCGCCCGCUUUACACCCGGUCUACCCCAACAACCAGCAGAUACGCACCGGCGUCAACAUCCGACAGCCUGUCCAAGUGAGAACGGUGGCACCGGGCCAACUGCGGCAGCCCGUACAAGUCCGAGCAGCAACUCCCAUACAAUCGAAACAACCCGUGGCGGCCGUCAAGGUGCAAGGGGUGAAACCACCAGUGCCUUCUAACCUCAAACUCGCAGCCAAAGAUAAGGAGAAGAAGACCUUUUCCGCAGCGUACACGGGCGACGACGACAUCAACGAUGUCGCCGCCAUGGGCGGGGUCAACCUGGCGGAGGAGACCCAGAAGAUCCUGGGCUCGACGGAAUUCGUCGGCACGCAGAUCAGGUCCUGCAAGGAGGAGGUCUUGUGUUCGAUGGGCCCCCUGCAGCAGAAGAUCAGGCAGGCGAUGGCGAGGCACGGGCUCGACGAGCCGAACACCGACGUGGCCGCUUGCAUAUCCCACGCGGCUCAGGAGAGACUCAAGAAUCUACUGGAGAAGCUGGCCGUCAUCACGGAACACAGAUUGGAGAACAUAAAGAUUAACAAUCGUUACGAGGUUACGAACGACGUAAAAGGUCAAUUAAAGUUCCUGGAGGAUCUGGAUAAGGCGGAGCGGAAGAGGCACGAGGAAAUGGAGAGGGAGAUGCUGUUGAGGGCCGCAAAAAGUCGGUCUAAGACGGAGGACCCGGAGCAGGCCAAGCUGAAGGCGAAGGCGAAAGAGAUGCAGAGAGUGGAAAUGGAGGAGCUGAGACAGAGGGAGGCCAACGCUACCGCCUUGCAGGCCAUCGGACCGAGGAAAAAGCCUAGGUUAGACGGGGAGGUUUCUGGCACUUCGCAGGCGAGUGCGGGAGGCGUGAAUAGCGGCCUGAGGGGACAGAUGCCCUUGCGACAGCGAAUGAAGAAAGUGACGUUAAGGGACUUGCAGUUUCUCUUUGAGACGGAGAAAGAUCUAUGCAAAAGUAAACUUUUAUACAAAUCAUAUCUCAAGUGAUGCUCGCUUCUUGUCAGUGUUGUGAUAUUUAGAGACCUAUUAGGCAUUUUCAAAUUAAUAAUUGAUGCAUUAUCCUCUGUUCGUUAUGAUAUUUAUUCCAAGCCAGAGGAGGUUCUGUCGAAAAUUGGAUCAAAAAGAUUUUUUUGACGUCAUGGAGAUGUUCUAGUUUUUAUAUAAUAACGAAAAAAAAUCAAUAUUUUUAUAGUUGUAUUGUUAAAAUAUACAUUUAAAGUAGAACUGAUUAAUUUUAUUCGAUUUCGGUUUUGGAAAAUUAUUGAACAAAUUCAUGACGGCCACUUUAAAUCAACAAUAGAGUGAGAAGAGAUUUGAAAAGAAAAUGUUUUGUAUCAAAACUUUAGAGGUAUUUCAUAUAAAAAAUAUUUCAUUAGAGCCUUAUGCAAAGCUUCAUAUUUUACUAUUUAGCCCCCAAAAGAUUGUUUUGGACAUGUUUUUGUUGAAUAAUUGUAAAUAUCAACCGAGCCGUUUUACAAAAGUGUAGGAAGCAAAUCUUUUGUUCUUCCAGAAAUUUCCACCUAGAAUAAUGCAAACAUUUCGUUAAUGUCAAAAGUUAUUUGUUUUCUCUUACAUAGAUUUUUUGCAAACGUUUAAAUUUAACCGAGAUGUUCUAUAUAUGUAUAUUAAAAAAUUAAUAAUUUUUUGUUGAAUUGUAAGUAAAGGGCUCUAAAAUGUUGACAAUCCAUGUUUGCCAUAGUAUUACCUCCUCGUUAGUCCUGAUUCACAUUUUUUUAGCGAUCUCUAGGCAUUUACAAUUUUUUCUAAAAUCUUUGUUCCUGGUUUGAUUUUUGGGCUUAGAAGUUCUUUAACAUGUUUUUUUUACUCUAAAAAUAUCGCAAUAUCCGCUGCAUAUUUUAUUAGUUCUGCAUAUCCCACUUCUGAUGCAUCUUCCAUUUAAUUAUUUCUCUGCAUUACUUCAUUAAUUUUAUUUAUCCAGUUGUUAGGUUCAAAUCGUUAAAUCAUAUCCCUAAACUUCAUACGAAAAAAAAGUAGGUUCCGAAUCUAUUUAAAACUUGUUUUGUUUAGAACUGCGAUGUUUCUUUAAUCCAGUGCCGCAAUUUGAAUUUUUGAGUUCGUUAAAACGCUUUCUGUUGCCCUUAAUAGGCCAACCAAUAGAGAUUUUUUGGCACCCUCAAAUAUUACAGUAAAAUUUCUUAGUAAACGAAAACAAGUGAUUUCCCCAGCAAA